AUGUCGUCCUCCUCCACUGAAAACCAAAUGGAGUGGCGGAGUUACACGUGCCAUGAAUGUGACAUAUAGCUUCAUACGAUUCUUUCGUCAUCUCCCUCUUCUUCUCCCCAGUGUCCUCAAUGCAGUCUCGUUUCCUCAUUUUCUUCUUCUACCAUUUUUGAAGUUGUCUUGGCCGGUGAUAACGAAGACGAACAAGAAUCUCGAUUUCUGGUCGCCAUGGAACCGAUUUCGGCCGUUGAAAUCUCAUCUUCAAUGUUGUGUUCCUCAGAUGAUCUAUCUUUUUUUUCUUAAAAGGAUUAAGAUGAUGCUAUCUUACCAUGUGCCAUAUGCAGAGAAUAUUUUGUUGUUGGAAAAUCUGCACGUAGAUUGCCAUGCAACCAUUUAUACCACUGUGAUUGUAUCAUCUCUUGGCUCACAAGUCACAACUAGUGCCCUCUCGAUCGAUUCGAGCUACCGGUUUUAGCUAGUGGAGAUGACAGUGGGUUGACCAUGUGGUUCGAUGUGCUGGUGCUAAAGGUUGACUUGGAGGAGGAUAUGGAAGUCGUCACUCCCGAUUUGUGCCAAAGUUUAGACGGCUAA